UCGCACACUCCUCCACAUCUGCCCCCUCCCUGCCUCCUCUUCUUCCUCCUCCUCUUCCUCCGGCGAGCAAGUUGCAGAGUGCCGCUCAGCCUCGACCGUGCGGCCGCCGCUUGACGCCGGUGGUCCCCGCAGAGGAGCGCCCGCCCGCCCGCCCGCCUCCAUGUGCGUGUCCGCUGCAUGCUGAGAUCGCGCGCCGGCCCCCCCCCUUCUCUCCCUACCCCUCAACCCUCCCACCGAAGCGAAGCGCCGAACCGAACCAUGUCCAACCCCAACCACGACCCCUUCUACUCGUCCCCCUUCGGACCCUUCUACCGGAGGCACUCGCCCUACAUGGUCCAGCCCGAGUACCGGAUCUACGAGAUGAACAAGCGGCUCCAGACGCGCACCGAGGAAAGCGACAGUUUGUGGUGGGACGCCUUCGCCACAGAAUUCUUCGAGGAGGACGCCACCCUCACGCUGUCCUUCUGCCUGGAGGAUGGACCAAAGAGAUACACGAUCGGCCGGACGCUGAUCCCGCGCUACUUCAGCACGGUGUUCGAGGGUGGCGUCAGCGAGCUGCACUACAUCCUCAAGCACUCCAAGGAGUCCUUCCACAACUCCUGCAUCACGCUGGACUGCGACCAAUGCACCAUGGUCACCCAGCACGGGAAACCCAUGUUCACCAAGGUUUGCACGGAGGGUCGCCUGAUCGUGGAGUUCGCCUUCGACGACCUGAUGAGGAUCAAGACGUGGCACUUUACCAUCCGGCAGUACCGAGAGCUCAUUCCCCGCAGCAUCCUGGCCAUGCACGCGCAAGACCCUCAAGUCCUGGAGCAACUGUCCAAAAACAUCACACGCAUGGGUUUGACCAACUUCACCCUCAACUACCUCAGGCUGUGUGUCAUCCUGGAGCCCAUGCAGGAGCUCAUGUCCCGGCACAAGACCUACAACCUCAGCCCGCGCGACUGUCUCAAGACAUGCCUGUUCCAAAAGUGGCAGAGAAUGGUGGCGCCGCCAGCUGGACACCCGCAGAACUUCAAAACGGAAAUAUUCCCCACCAAUCACAAAAAAGGUCGCGCCAAAGCUGAGCCCGCCCGACAGACCACCACCAAGCGGAGGAAACGGAAGAACUCGGCCAGCAGCGCCAGCAGCAGCGUCGGCGCCGCCGCCGGCAAGAAGCGCAGCCCCGCCACCAACUUCAGCCUCUCCAGUCAGGUACCUGACGUGAUGGUGGUCGGCGAGCCCACGCUGAUGGGCGGCGAGUUCGGCGACGAGGACGAGCGCCUGAUCACCCGCCUGGAGAACACGCAGUACGACGCCACCAACGGCCUGGACGACGACGACGACUUCACCGGCUCGCCGGCGCUCACCAACAACGGGCCGUGGAGCGGCAAGGCGGCCAACGGCGGGCCCGACGGCAAAGCGGAGAACGCGGCGUCGCAGGCUUCCCAGUAGGGGGCGACGUGGCGGGGGAACAAAGCAAUAGCCACACUAGCUGGACGUUUUUUCCAAAAUGUAUGUAAAUGUACAAAACUUGCAAAUAGCGAAGUGUGGACUUCUUUUUUUUUUUUUUUUUUUUGGGCAAGAAAAGCUUUCGGUGGACUGUUGCCGCUGUCGUCGGCGGACGCGGGUCACGUGACCUCACAGGGCGGAAGCCGCGAGAAAGCGUUUUGUUGUUUUUGAACGCAUCCGCCGAGGCCGCCGCGGAGCCGGUCUUUCUCGACGUUUUCUAAUUAGCGGGAAAUAACGGUCCAUUUUGUUUUGGGAUUUUUCGAGGACGGGGGGUGGUUGAGCGGGUCACACAUCCGCCUCGCAGAUCAGACGUUCGGGUUCGAAUCUCAGAUGUCGGAUUCCUCACGCGUCCAAAAAAAUAAAAAUAAACGUGCAUGUUAGCUUAACACAAGACUCAAAAAUUGACCAUAGGUUUCAUUGUCAAUGGCUUUGUUUACGUGUGCCCUGGGAUUGGUCUGGGACCAAUCCAGGGUGUGCCGCACCCCUUGGUUAAUCUCGCCCCGUGACCCAAAUGGGGAUAAAAACUAUAGAAAAAUUUAUGUUCAUUUUUCCCUCUCCAGUCGUUACAACCAUUUUUAAACAAAAACUUGGAUUGUGUUUCCAGCUCUGUGACUUUCCCUUUAAAUAAUUGGCCUUUUUCUAUCUUCAAUACUCCCAAAACUGCAUGAUUUAUUUGAAUUAUGUUCUUCAUUUAAAAACAACAAUAAUCAUAUUUUCCUCUUAUCAGUUUGGGACGGUUUUUGUAAAUAGAAGUCGGGUUUAUUUUGUCCGUUAGCCGCAAGGAAGCAGUUCGUUUACGGCAGCUGUUUUGUUAUCCGAGGAAGGUUCCAAAUUUCUCAAGGGGGGAACGGGGACAACCCCCCCCCCCCCCAACGACCCCAACUUCCCCGACCGCGUUUAGCUAGUGCACAACCAAAGUCACAAUUCACCCAACGCGGUACCACCCACUUCUUGUAUAUUUGGCGCCGCUUACGAAAAAGAAAGCCACCCCCGUAGAAGUCUUGCACUGUCCCUUUAAAUUUUGAUUUACAUUUCCUGAAAAAAAGUCAGGUUUUUUUUUCCUGCCUUGUUUUCCUCUGCCAAUGUUCUGCAAAAAAAAAAAAAAAAAAACAGCGUCGGCACAGCGUUUGGAGGUCGCGUCAGAGCUGCGAAGGGGCUUCCGCAACGCCAGGAAAACUGUGAAAACCGAGGACGAGUUAAGAGACUUUGAACAAUCGCUGCAACCUUGCGGAGUAGGAGCCCCUUUCACGCCGCCUGCCAAAAGUGUGAUUUUUUUUUUCCCUUUAUUUUUUUCCAUUUCUCUGUUCUGUAAAAAAACAAAACAAAACAGUGUAAUCACAUUAACAUAGCAAAUUUUUUUUCCCAUGAUUGUGGAUAAAAACAGGGCCAUAAAGAGACCUGCACACGGGAAUGUCCUGACUUGUGCUGGGUUUUGUGUGAAAGGCCAACGCAGAUUUGUUACAGCUCUGAUCUCUGCUGUGAGAAAUAGCAUCAGAUCUGUAUCAGUGGCAUGGAUGGUGCGGAAUGCUGUGUCUACGCGUGAAAUCCGCCUUUGCUGCAUUCUCUGUGAAAAACUCAAAAGCAGAUGUGUAACGGCGCGUAUCGCUGUCAUCCAGGACACGGAGUUUGCGGCAAUAUCCGGCUUUUCUGCGAUAAAUGUUGAGUAAUCUGUUGUGGCGCCGAUGCUGAAAGCGUGCAGGAUCUCUGCGUGAAAUAAGACAAUAAUGAAGCUAAGCUCGGGGACAAGUACAGUACACUUUCACCAAAACCGAAUGGCGGAAAAACUCGACAGAUGGCAGGAUUCCAACACACACACAACUGCGAAAUCGAUCCGGUUCAGUCAUUUCGCAGGCUCUCCGUGUGAAUGCAGCCUUUUUUGGGUGAACUUUUCCCGAGAAGGCAAAAGGCGCACAUCCUCACGCGACUGCUUAUUUAUUUGCAAUUUUUUUUCCGUUUUUUUUUUUUGUUUGUUUGUUUUUUGUAAGGAACCAAAACACAUUUCUGAAUAUGUUUGAGGCUAGUAUUAUUAGACACCAUUUGUACAUGAUAUAGCAGAGGUGUUCCGUGUCAUAACUGAUGUCUGGUAUGUAUGCUUUACCAUUAACUUGUGCCAAUAAAACCGUGCUUACAAAUAACGCGGGGGGCGACUCCUUUAAAACGGAUAAAAAGGUUUAAUAAGGUGGAAAAUCGACUCGCGACGAAAUUGAAAACGAUCUGCCUGCAGAUUAUGUUAAUUAGCGGCGUCUCUGGGAUAGCUUUAUGGCUUUU